AUGUGCAGAUUACUCAUCGUCGGUGCCUGUAUCGCAGUUGCCGUCUUUGCCGCUGAAGAAGCUAAGUCUGAAAUGACAUCUGCUGGAAUUUCCGAAACGGUUGUCGACGGUAUUCUGGCUAUUGCUGAAAAGUACAAGGAACAGUUCAAGGUUGGAAAAGGAGACCGUGAAGCUGCAAAGGCAGCGUUCCAAGCCUUCCACACUGAAACCGAGCAAUACAUUGCCACUCAAUCUGAAGCCGAUCAAGCCGCUUACAAGGCAUUCGUCGAGAAGAAGAAGUCUGAGCACCAUGGACGCCGUUCCACUCCAAGCGCAUAA